GAAGUAAAUAGUGGUGCUUAUUAAAAGACAUCUGACAUCCCCUCCUCAGUGCACUGAGAAGAACUGGAUCCAUGCUGGAGUGUUAAGAACAGUGAAACAUGGUGUCAGCCAAGAGAAUCCUGAAAUGUUUAAGCAUCGUUUAUUAUUUACUUGUGUUCUCCAACUUAAUGGAUGGAUCUUUGGCAACUUGUAUCACACGUCGAUGUCUGGCUAACCAGCUGGUUGCACUGGAGCUUUUCAGUCCUCCGAUGCCUCCGGAAUGUACUGUUACAGUGAAUCUCACAUCCAUUCAAUAUGAGACCCUGUCUGUGGAUACCAAAGCCCUGCGCUUCUCGAGUCGCAUUAGAAUUGACAUGGAAUGGAAAGACCCAGACCUUGCAUGGAACGAAACAGAGUACAAUUUUAAAGAAAUUAUGCUGCCAGUUGACAAAAUCUGGACCCCUGAUCUAACUGUAAACAAUGCAAUCCAGACAGAUGUGAAGCCUGUCUCUACUGAUAUACUGGUGAAGUAUGAUGGCACGGUGCAACAUGCUAUCCAGUUGUACACUACCGUGGUGUGCGGAAUCAACCUUUUUACCUACCCGUUUGUAAAAGAUGCAUGUCCAGUUGCACUUAAUGGAUGGACAGAAAACAGUUGUGGCCUACAUUUCAUAUAUGGGUCUGUAUCUCCAGUGGGAGCGAGUCGAGGUGAAUGGAUUACUAUGUCAGUUGAGCUGCAUCAGGACAAGCAACACGACGACCGCAACUAUCUCUAUGUCACUAUGUCCACCAACCCAUUCAACACUAUAGUGACGCUCGUUCUCCCCAGUGUGCUCAUCAUGUUAGCUGAUAUGGGGAGUUUUGCUCUGCCUCUGGAAGGUGGAAAACGCAGCUCUUUCAAAAUCACUCUGGUGCUCAGCUUUACCAUGUCCCUGUUCAUACUUACUGACAACCUGCCUGACACUGGCCUCUGCAGCCCCCUCAUCCGUUAUCACUUUUGUUUCUGCUUGAUUGUUUUGGGUAUGAGCUUGCUGAUAUCCAUGCUGAUCUCAAGAUUUGCAGACUGUGGCCCCAUCUUGUCCUGCAGGAGCUCAAAAAAACAGAAAUUAUGCAACGACAGUAGCAAAAAUGAGAUAAACAUCAGUGGUGAAGAUGAGAUAAAAAAGGAUAUAAACCUGAAUGGUGUGUCUACAAUUUCAGAUGAUGUGACUGCCAAGGACACUUCAAUCCAGAAAAUUGUGAACUUUGUGGAGAACAUCAAGACGACAAAUAAAAAGACCGAGAAGAGGCAUGAAUAUGCAAGUCGGAUUGACAGAGCUUGCUUCCGGUGCUAUCUUUGCCUUGCCUCUUUGUAUUGCAUUUUUUUAAUUGGUAUAACCAGAACAGAACUUUGUAAAAUUAACAAUUUGGAUUUUUGGAUUUAAUUUAAUUAAUCUAAUGAUAAGAUCAUAAAGAAUUACAUAAAGACUUACUGGUUUCCAAAUGUCAUAAUAUAGAGCUGUAGUCUUUGUAGAAGCAAGAUUCUGACUACAACCUUAGUGCUUCAGGUCUAGCCACUAGCCUUUAUAUACAUGUUACCAUAUGUAUUUCAUUCAUGCUACAUAUUUAAACUCU